GUGCUGUGAUGUUGUGGUGUGAGAUGGUGGUGCGAGAUGUACCAUAAAAUUAGUGUUGAAGUUGGAUUACGUUAUUUCAUGCGAAAAUGGCAAAGGCCAAACGUUAACGAUAAUAUCAGUAUUUCUGACACUGAGUAAACGCAUCCUGCUCGCCAAUCACCUAAGAAUCAAGCGAGACAAUGAUUCCAAGGGUUCCUUUUAGCACCAUUUGGACGUCUCGACACAAUGGCAAGUUGUUAUUAUCGGGACAGCCGACGAUCACUUGUUUGUCAUCGUCAUCGGCGUCAAUCUCGGCGACAGUUCCCCUGCAGCGUAUGUCAUCGUGUCUGUCGUGUAAAAGUCAAUUUGCCAAAAGAAAGUACACACGGCAUAAGCAUGCUCACGUCAUACAGAAACUUGGUUUCCUUGGAAAUACAUCUUGGAGUCAGGAACAAGUCAGUGUCCAGCGAAGGCAUUAUAUUAUUGCCAAUCGGGAACAAAUUUUACCCACCAGCAAAGGCAGGAAUCUGAAUUUUAAAAGUUAUGAAUCAACAAAUUGUGUGAGAUGCUUGAACACCAGUAACCAUGGGAACGUGAGACUUUCUCAGCAACAAGGUUCCUAUGUGAAGAAAUUGAGUAAAGUGUUAAGGGAUAGACUAAUUGAACGGGAGAAAAUUGCGGAUUUGAAAAGAGCUGCACCAGUCGUGGAGGACCAGAGUACAGCGAGUGCCAAAAGUGACUGGGUUAAACGAGAUGGUUACGAUACUGGGAUUAUGGUCCAGAACUCAUUGACGAAGCAACAGUACAAAAAGGAGCCACUUGUUCUAUGCAAUAAAUCAGUGGCUACAUGGUACUCUUGUGGUCCAACAGUCUAUGACAGUGCACAUAUUGGACAUGCCAGCUGUUUCGUUCGAUUUGACAUCCUACGGCGUAUCAUGACAGAGUUUUACGACAUUGACGUGGUGCAGGUUCAGGGUAUAACAGACAUAGACACAAAGAUCAUCAGAAGAGCUGAAGAUGAAGGCAUCGAUUUCUACAAACUGACAAAGAAGUACGAAAAUGAAUUCCUGAGAGAUCUGGAAAAAUUGCAGGUGCUGCCAGCCACUGUAGUCUCUCGUGUCACCGAUCAUAUGCCUCAGAUAAUCAAAUUCAUCCAGAGGAUUAUUGGUAACGGUUAUGCAUACUCGACUGACAGUGGUGAUGUUUACUUUGAUCUGGAGGCAUUUGGUUUAAAACGCUACAAGAAGUUAGCUACGCACUACAUGGAACCAGGGAAGCGGAAUACCGACAAGAGAAACCAGGAGGACUUUUCGUUAUGGAAAGCAGCGUUGCCAGGAGAGCCAUGGUGGCACUCUCCGUGGGGGUCAGGGAAGGGACGACCAGGGUGGCACAUAGAGUGCUCUGUCAUGGCCAAUGAAGUCUUUGGAGAGAAUCUUGAUAUCCACACAGGAGGCCGUGACCUUGCCUUCCCCCAUCACAAUAAUGAGAUUGCCCAGUGUGAAGGAUGCUUCAAUUCAGAUGGAUGGGCUAGGUACUUUCUCCAUUCAGGUCAUUUGUUUCUCAAGAGUGACCCCAACAAGAUGUCCAAGUCAUUAAAGAACGUUGUGUCCAUCCAGGAUUUCCUGCAGUCCUACACGACCAAUCAUUUCAGAGUGUUGUGCCUCAUGUCCAAGUACAACAAUGAUAUUGAGUAUUCUGAGGAAACAGUCCGUCAUGCCGUUAAGAUCUGUAAGCAGCUGGCCUCUUUCCUGAAUGAUGCAGAUUCUUAUGUCAAAGGUCAUGUCUCAGCAAGAGAAAUCAGCGAGGCUGCCCUCAUGCAAAAGCUUGCAGAAACACAGACCCAGUUUAUGCGUGCCAUUGCUGAUGACUUCGACACCAAGCGAGGGCUCGAUGCCAUCAUGGAACUAGUCAGAGCAGCCAACAUGGCCAUUGGUAGUAGACAACAUCAGCAACACUUGAGUGUACCUAGGUACCCAGGCGCACUGGCUGCAGUAGCAUCUUAUAUAAGCCGUACGGUGGAUGCACUGGGGAUCAAGUUCCAGAGUAGAAAGGAUGUGGCAGCGAGCAGAUCAUCCAAAACACUUGCCUCUACAAUGGACACACUAAUCAACCUCAGGAGUGAGGUUAGGCAAUGGGCGUUAGACACGCCCCUACAGGAUGACCUCAAAGGGUCAGGGGUCACACAAGAAGGUCAAGUAGAAAAGCCGACCAGGAAGCUAAUGUAUAAAGCACUUCAUCGCAGAGCAGAACUACUACAGAAAUGUGACAAUGUCCGGCAAGAUUUACUCCACUGUGGAAUUCAAAUCAAGGACCGACAGACAACAGCAACAUGGGAAUAUGUAGAAAAGAAAGGAACCAACAAACCUUAACGGAUCCUGCUGUGACAUCUCUAC